UUCCCAGAGUGAACGUCUCUUCUUCAGGCCCUGGCUCCAGUUUUAGGGCCUCAGAAAGUGUGAGCAACUCCUCCGCCGCCUCCUCCUGCUCCUACAGCUGGGCAUUUUCUGCCUGGAGGGCCUGAACCUUGACUUUGGUGACAAACUCAAGACUGACUCGAGGCUUGUGUGGAGCAGUUGGGUGGUGGCAUGGCCUUGUCGUUUUGCGGCAACGACAAACGUAUCAAUGCCUACAGCGUGGAAGAGGGUGUGCUGAACAAUGGCUGCUUUGUGGACGCUCUCAACCUGGUCCCCCAUGUCUUCCUGCUCUUCAUUACCUUCCCCAUCCUCUUCAUCGGUUGGGGCAGUCAAAGCUCUAAGGUCCAGAUCCAUCACAACACAUGGCUUCAUUUCCCCGGCCACAACCUGAGGUGGAUCCUCACCUUCUCUCUGCUGUUUGUCCACGUCUGCGAGUUUGCAGAGGGCAUCGUCUCCAACAAGACGAUGGGAACGAAUCACCUCCAUCUCUACAUGCCAGCAUUCAUGGGUUUUGUAGCAGCAACAACAUCAGUGGUUUAUUACCACAACAUAGAGACAUCCAACUUUCCCAAACUGCUGCUUGUUCUUUUCAUUUACUGGGUGUUGGCGUUCAUCACAAAGUCCAUUAAGCUUUGGAAGUACGCAGAGUACAGCGUCGGACCACAGUACCUGAGGUUCUGUAUCACAGCCAUGUUAGUGAUCCUGUAUGGACUACUAAUGGCUGUGGAGAUCAACGUCAUACGAGUCAGGAAAUACGUAUUCUUCGCCAAUCCUCAGAAGGUGAAGCCGCCAGAAGAUUUACAGGAUUUGGGAGUUCGCUUCCUGCAGCCGUUUGUAAACCUGCUCUCCAAGGCAACAUAUUGGUGGAUGAAUCCUCUCAUCAUGGGAGCCCAUAAAAGGCCCAUAGAGCUGAAGAAGAUCGGCAAGCUGCCCAUCGCCAUGAGAGCCCUCACCAACUACCUGCGGCUCAAAGACGCCUACGAGGAUCAGAGGACAGCGGAGGACCCGGACCGAGCGCCGUCGAUCUGGCGCUCCAUGUAUCGAGCUUUUGGACGUCCCAUCCUGCUCAGCAGCACCUUCCGUUACCUGGCGGACCUGCUGGGCUUCGCUGGGCCGCUCUGCAUCUCUGGUAUCGUGAAGUACCUGAAGGAGGAUGGUGGCAAUGCCACAGUGGACAACACCAUGGAGGGUGGGACCUACUUUGGCGUCCACUUCAUGUCUUCCUCUAAGCUGCUGCAGAACACCUCAGUCUUGGCCGUCCUCCUCUUCCUGGCUUUAAUCCUGCAGAGGACCUUCUUACAGGCUUCCUACUAUGUCACCAUAGAAACUGGCAUCAACCUGCGGGGAGCCCUGCUGGCGAUGAUUUACAAUAAGAUCCUGCGUCUGUCCACCUCCAACAUGUCAAUGGGGGAGAUGACUCUGGGGCAGAUCAACAACCUGGUCGCCAUAGAGACCAACCAGCUGAUGUGGUUCCUCUUCCUCUGUCCCAACCUGUGGGCCAUGCCGGUGCAGAUUGUGAUGGGAGUGAUCCUGCUGUACUAUUUACUGGGCUGGAGCGCCCUGGUUGGAGCAUCUGUCAUCGUCCUGCUGGCUCCGCUCCAGUACCUAAUAGCUACAAAGCUGGCUGACACACAAAAAAUCACACUAGAACACUCCACAGAUCGUCUGAAGAAGACCACAGAGAUCUUAAAGGGCAUAAAGCUGCUGAAGCUGUACGCCUGGGAGAACAUCUUCUGUGACAGCGUGGAGGAGACCAGAAGCAAAGAGCUCACCAGCCUCAAGACCUUCGCGUUCUACACGUCUUUGUCAAUUUUUAUGAAUGCUGCUAUUCCCAUUGCUGCCGUUCUUGCGACGUUCGUGAUGCAUCACUUCAUCAAUAAAACCGGUCCCACUCCCUCUGAGGCCUUCGCAGCUCUGGCCUUGUUCCACAUCCUGGUCACCCCUCUCUUCCUGCUCUCCACUGUGGUCAGGUUUGCUGUGAAGGCUCUGGUCAGUGUCCAGAAGCUCGGAGAGUUUCUUCAGAGUGACGAAAUUGGAGACGACAGCUGGAGAAAUGGAGACAUAUCUGUUUCCUUGGAAGCUGGAAAAAAACACCUUGGGGCGACCAAAGCCAUCAACAGGAAGCAGCCAAUGCGCUACCAGAUGGACAACUACGAGCAGCCGACCAGGCGUCAGAUGAGACCCACGGAGACGGAGGAUGUGGCUGUAAAGGUGAGUAAUGGAUUCUUCACCUGGGGAAGCAACCUGUCCACGUUGUCGGACAUCAACAUCCGCAUCCCGACAGGUCAGCUGACAAUGAUUGUGGGCCAGGUGGGUUGUGGGAAAUCUUCCUUGCUGCUGGCCAUGCUCGGUGAGAUGCAGACUAUCGACGGAAGAGUCUAUUGGAGCAACAAGAACAGAUACUCCGUGGCCUACGCUACCCAGAAGUCCUGGCUGCUCAACGCUACAGUGGAGGAAAACAUCACGUUCGGCAGCCCCUUCAGUAAACAGAGGUACAAAGCCGUGAUUGACGCCUGCUCUCUGCAGCCAGACAUUGACCUGUUGCCCUUUGGAGACCAAACCGAGAUUGGAGAGAGGGGCAUCAACCUGAGUGGAGGUCAGAGACAGAGAAUCUGUGUGGCCAGAGCUCUCUACCAGAACACCAACAUCGUCUUCUUGGACGAUCCGUUCUCUGCGUUGGACAUCCACCUCAGCGAUCACCUGAUGCAGGAAGGAAUCCUCAAGUUUCUGCAGGACGAUAAACGGACUGUGGUCCUGGUCACCCAUAAACUGCAGUACCUGAUCCACGCAGACUGGAUCAUAGCCAUGAAAGACGGCUCCAUCCUGAGGGAGGGAACGCUGAAAGACAUUCAGACUCAUGACGUUGAGCUUUAUGAUCACUGGAAAACCCUGAUGAACAGACAGGACCAGGAGCUGGAGAAGGACAUACAGCAGGACAGUCAAACAACACUGGAGAGGAAAACACUGAGGAGAGCUUUCUACUCUAGAGAGGCCAAGAACCAAAUAGAUGAUGAGGAUGAAGAGGAAGAAGUGGAGGAGGAAGAUGACGACAACUUGUCGACGACCACCAACAGACGAUCAAAAAUCCCGUGGAAGGUGUGCUGGUGUUACAUGUCCUCCGGUGGUUUCUUCAUGGUCUUCCUGAUGGUGUCCUGUAAACUCCUCAAACACUCCGUCAUUGUUGCCAUUGACUACUGGCUGGCUCUCUGGACGUCCUCCAAAACCAAUCAAAGUGCGUCCAGUGGACUGUCCAAUGGAACCAGCCUGGCCAACAGCAUUAACACCACCCUCCACACCCGGGGUUUCUCGGAGGCUGAGAACGACGCCUACUAUCUGCCGGUGUUCAUCAUCCUGUGUGCAGCUGGUAUCACUUUGUGCCUCAUCACUUCUCUCACCGUGGAGUUUCUGGGUCUUUCUGCAGCCACCAACCUGCAUCACAACCUGCUCAACAAGAUCAUCCACGCCCCCAUCAGGUUCUUUGACAUCACUCCCCUGGGACAGAUCCUCAACAGAUUCUCAGCUGAUACCAACAUCAUUGACCAGCAUAUUCCUCCCACGCUAGAGUCUUUGACGAGAUCCACGUUACUCUGCUUGUCGGCCAUCGGGGUCAUAUCCUCCAUCACUCCGCUCUUUCUGAUCGCCUUGGUUCCCUUGGCGGUCGCCUUCUACUUCAUCCAGAAGUACUUCCGGGUGGCCUCCAAGGACCUCCAGGACCUUGAUGACUCCACACAGCUUCCUCUGCUCUGCCACUUCUCUGAGACCGCAGAGGGUCUCACCACAAUAAGAGCAUUCAGACACGAGGCUCGUUUUAAACAGCGGAUGCUGGAGCUGACGGACACCAAUAACACAGCCUAUCUGUUUCUGUCUGCGGCCAACCGCUGGCUGGAGGUCCGCACGGACUACCUUGGAGCAGUGAUAGUGCUGACGGCAGCCGGAGCCUCCAUAUGGAGUUUGAAGUAUGCUGUGCCCUCCGUGGGCCUGGUGGGCCUCGGACUCACCUACGCCCUCACUGUCACCAACUACCUGAACUGGGUCGUGAGGAACCUGGCGGACCUGGAGGUCCAGAUGUCGGCUGUGAAGAAGGUCAACAGCUUCCUCAGCACAGAGUCCGAGAACUACGAGGGAUCUAUGGACACCUCUCAGGUGCCUGAGAACUGGCCCCAGGACGGUGAGAUAAAGAUCCAGGACCUGUGUGUGCGCUACGAUCCCAUGCUCAAACCAGUGCUCAAACACGUCAACGCCUACAUCAAACCGGGCCAGAAGGUGGGAAUCUGCGGUCGCACAGGCAGCGGGAAGUCCUCUCUGUCCUUGGCCUUCUUCAACAUGGUGGAUAUUUUCGAAGGGAAGAUCGUCAUCGAUGGGAUUGACAUCUGUAAACUUCCUCUGCAGACUCUGAGGUCGCGACUCUCCAUCAUCCUCCAGGAUCCUGUGUUGUUUAGUGGAUCAAUAAGGUUUAAUCUCGACCCAGAGAGGACGUGCACCGACGAUCGGCUCUGGGAGGCGCUAGAGAUCGCCCAGCUGAAGAACAUGGUGAAGGCGCUGCCUGGAGGACUAGAUGCGGUCGUGACAGAAGGUGGCGAGAACUUCAGUGUCGGUCAGAGGCAGCUCUUCUGUUUGGCCAGAGCUUUUGUCAGAAAGAGCAGCAUCCUCAUCAUGGAUGAAGCCACAGCAUCUAUAGACAUGGCCACGGAGAAUAUCUUACAGAAAGUCGUGAUGACUGCGUUCGCAGACAGAACAGUCGUGACGAUCGCACACCGAGUCCACACCAUCCUAACAGCUGAUCUGGUCAUCGUGAUGAAGCGAGGGAACAUUUUGGAGUACGACAAACCCGAGACUCUUCUGGAGCAGGAGGACGGGAUGUUUGCUUCGUUCGUCAGAGCUGACAUGUAGAGGCGCACAGAUCAGCGUUCAUUCAGAUCAGUUGGUUGAUCUACUCCUUUAUUUUCUUUUUUACUUUGAGCUGGACCGACCUCUGUGACACUGAAACACUCCAGCGAAGCCGAUAAUACACUGUUUCUUUAACGAGAAGCUUCUCCGUGUUCUCAGUGCAUCCAGAGACACCAUCAGUCACCAGCUGGUGUGUUUGAUACAGCUGAAUUCUGCCUUUUUGAGACACACGCCAUUUAUUUAUACAACCGAUCAACUGACCAUCGAGUCCAUCAAUUGGUUUUUCCAAUUUUCACAAUGACGCUGUACGAAUUUAGCAAAAGCACAGAUCAGCAAAUGGAUCAGCAACAUUUAAGCAACCAGUGUUAAGAGUGUAAAGGUCAAAAUAAUGAUAAAUAAUAGAAAUAUGAAAGAUAAAAAUAAAUAUUUCUGUUAAUUUAUGAUGCUAAUGACUAAUGAAACGUACCCUGCGGGCGACAGCUGGUCACCAACAUCAUUAAACGUUGAUAUUUGGUUGAACGCAGGUUGUGACGUCACGUGACCAAAACUCAAUGUCAGGACAAUGUUUAUUUGAUGUAGAAUAUUUGGUUGGUUUUUAAGUAGGUUAGUAACCAAAAUCCAACGUCUUCCAAUCGUCUCGUGCCAGCGACAUCUGGACGAAUAAAAUUACUGACAUUCUGGUCGUGAGCGAAACCAAACGUCUGCUAAACGUCACAAUGGAAUCAGUCAACGCUGCGUUUUGAUCUCAACCCCAUUUUCAUUUUCAACCAAAAUUUAAAGUCCGUCCGACAUUAGAGUCGUUAAGAGUCCAACGUCUUUCUGAAGUUACAUUGACGUCCGGUGCCUGUUGAGAAAGUACAAGAUCAUAUCGACAAUAACAGACACGAUUUGAAGGGUUGGCCGUUUUCUCACUCGCCUCUCGUGCUGCCAGGCCAUGUAAAGAAUUUGGGUGUUUGCAUUUCGUCCAGGUUUUAAAUUUUCCACCAUCAGCCCAAUACAAUAGCCUCUAUUGUACAGUAGCCUCUAUUGUAUUGGGCUGAUGGUGAUGAAAUGAAAUUGAAGCAUGGAAAACUCCUUCCAACCUCUAUCUCUGUGCUUUGAUUCACAGCAGCAAAGACAUUGUCUCUGCGGUUGAAUUUUGUAAAUGCUGUGAGCAUCCAAAUGAAAUUCCAUUUACUUCCAUUGCGUUGGUAGUGGAGAUACAGAAACAGAUACCAGAAAACCUGGACAAAUAAAACCAAAACUCUCUGCAUAAACAGGUGCCGCUAAAGGUCGGUGAGAAAGUUUUAUUUUUCAUUUGUUCGGUUACGUCUUUUUAAUGAUGUUGCUCUUUAACUGUGAGGUCGCACUGUGCACAUCACUUCACAUACUUACAGUAUUUUCAGUCUUUCUCAUUGUCUACAUAUCACAUGAAAGACUGAACCAAUAAUCAAUACCUACAGGCAGACUAAUAUUUAACCAUUCACUUAACAUAUUUAUUUCUGAGCUGGUUUAAAGAUUUACAUCUUCAGUCGGAACCAAUGGACUCGAGGUUGAGAGCUACAGACUAAUACUCUGUUGGUUUUGUCUUUUUCAGGGGGAUUUUGUGAACAAUAAGAAGAAUAAUAAAGAAAUAAUGGGUUUGAUGGUUGAUUUGAUUUUUACAGUGUAAAUUGCUGAAUUUAAAAUCUCAUUGUAUCUGAGUUGAAUAGUUUUGGAUUGAGCUGAACUAUCAGGUCCUGCAAGGAUCUUUUUAUAUUGAUAGAAUUUUAAAAGUCUUUAAUUAUCUUGUGUAAAAAAAAAAAAACUAAACAUUUGUUACCUUCUUUUAGAUUAUGCAGCACCUGUAUCAGUGUAUACUCUUUAUCACUUGUAUUAUGCAAUAAUGAGGAACGGUGGAGUUGUUUUUUUUAAAUGCUUUUUAAAAAACGA